AUGCAGUCCCCAUGGGGCCGAGUCGUCUGGCGGCCCAGGGUUGAAGUUAAGAAGCUGCUGCUGGAACACCUGGAGCUCCUGGUUUCCCGGUACGUGCCGUCCCUCCAGAUGACGGUGGAGAGGCAUCAGGCGCGGUCCCCAGCCAGCAUGACCAGCGAGUUGGAGGUCCUCAGGGCACUGAGAUUGCUCUUCGAGCACCACAAGGCCCUGGACGAGAAGGUGCAGAGCCAGAGGGAGCAGGGCUGGGAGUCCGCAAAGCAGGCCCGCGUGGUGGCCACCGUGGCCGAGGACUUCGAGACUGACGAGGAUGUGCCUGAUGGCGAAGGUGAUGGGCCCACCCUCUUCAGUUCGGCCGGUCAGCUGCUGCCCAGUGGGCAGGCAGAUGCCGACACUCUGCCUGUGAAACUUCAGGAGCACCUGGACGCCAUCAACAAACAGAUACGGUGGAUCCAAGAGGAAGAGAGCACGGAGCAGCAGGCCGAGGAGACUGAGAGCAGGGCGGGCAGGGCGCGCUUAGGCAGCCUUCGGCGUUUUGAGUCCCUGAGCUCCCUCAACCUGUGUCCUGCCUCCUCACUUGCCAGCUCCUGCCCGCCCAGCAGGGCGCCCUCCCCACCCCGAAGGAGGCGGCGCAGCCUGGCGCACGAGGGAGACCGGCUGGGCAUCAUGACUGCGGUGCAGAGCCAGAGGGAGCAGGACUGGGAGUCCGCGCAGCAGACCCGCGUGGUGGCCACCAUGGCCCAGGACUUCGAGAGUGACGAGGAUGUGUCUGACGGCGAGGGCGACAGGGUCACCCUCUUCAGCUCGGCCGGUCAGCUGCCGCCCAGUGGGCAGGCCGAUGCCGACACUCUGCCUGUGAUGCCUCGGGAGCAGCUGGACACCAUCAGUGAGGAGACCCGGUGGCUCCAGGAGGAAAGGGAGAGCAUGGAGCAGCGGGCCGAGGAGACUGAGAGCAGGCUGCCAGCUUUAAUGGAAGAGGUAGAAGAUGACAAGACUGCCAUCCAAUGUGAAGCCUCGAGCCCUGCCUCGCCGCGGUCCCUUUGGCUGGACCGGCUGCACACGGGGGUGCUGCGCGCAGCCAGCCCAGAGGACGUCAGGGACACCUGCAAACCACCGCCUGCUGAGCUCCCGUCCUCAGCCAGGCAGCACUCGAUGGAGGGCACGUGUGGUCUCCUGUGCAGCAGCUCUCCUGCCACGGCCGGGGACGGCCACCCUGCAGAGGACGGCCCCGGGGGCAACCCCAGCAGCAGCACCAUCAGCCAGGACUCGCUGCACAAAGCCCCGAAGAAGGGCAUCAAGUCGUGCAUCGGCCGCUUGUUUGGAAAGAAGGAAAAGGGCCAGCCUGGACACCCGGCAAGGAGGCCUUAG